AUGCCUCAAAAUGAGUACAUGGAUCGCUGGCGCAAGCUUCACGGCAGAAAGUUUGAUCAUGAGGAAAGAGCCCGAAAAAGAGCAGCAAGAGAAGGUCACAAGGCUUCAGAUGAUGCACAGAAAUUGACCGGUCUUCGGGCAAAAUUGUACCAGAACAAAAGACGCCUCGAGAAAAUACAAAUGAAAAAGCAAAUUAAAGCGCAUGAAGAGAGAAAUGUGAAGUCAGCUGCACCAAAAGAGCCUUCAAAUACCCCAUUACCGCAAUACUUGCUUGAUCGGACAAAUCCUACGAACGCAAAAGCCCUCUCUAGUGCGAUCAAAAACAAAAGGGCUGAAAAGGCCGCUAAAUUUAGUGUGCCGCUUCCAAAAGUUCGCGGAAUUGCGGAGGAGGAAAUGUUCAAAGUCGUCAAGACUGGGAAAAAGACCGCCAAAAAAGGGUGGAAACGGAUGAUAACAAAGCCAACUUUUGUUGGACCUGACUUUACUAGACGGCCUGUCAAGUAUGAACGCUUUAUUCGGCCCAUGGGGCUCAGAUACAAAAAGGCCAAUGUAACGCACCCAGAACUGGGAGUGACAGUUCAAUUACCGAUUAUUUCGGUGAAAAAAAAUCCACAAAACCAGAUGUACACUCAACUAGGGGUUCUUACUAAAGGAACAAUUAUCGAGGUUAAUGUGAGUGAACUGGGCAUGGUGACAGCUGGCGGCAAGGUGGUAUGGGGUCGAUGGGCUCAGAUAACCAACAAUUGUGAAAACGAUGGUUGCGUCAACGCUGUGCUUUUGAUUUAG